AGUCGAUGGGUAUGUUGACAAGAUGGAGUUCUUGCUGGGAAACCCAUAUAGUACUCCGGUGGGACACUGCAUUGAAAGGGCCACAGAUGGCUCCCUGCAAAGUGAAGACUGGACUUUGAAUAUGGAAAUAUGUGACAUAAUCAAUGAAACAGAAGAUGGGCCUAAGGAUGCAAUGAGAGCUGUGAAGAAGAGGCUUAAUGGGAAUAAAAACUACAGGGAGGUGAUGCUUACAUUGACGGUUCUUGAGACAUGUGUAAAGAACUGUGGCUAUCGUUUCCACAUGCUUGUCACCACCCGAGACUUUAUUGAUGGCGUGUUGGUGAAAAUCAUAUCUCCCAAAAAUAACCCACCCGCGAUUGUUCAGGACAAAGUACUUGCUUUGAUACAGGCAUGGGCAGAUGCCUUCAGGAGUAGUCCAGAUUUGACAGGAGUAGUCCACGUCUAUGAAGAAAUGAAAAGGAAGGGUAUAGAGUUUCCUCGGUCUGAAUUGGAGACCCUGUCACCCAUUCACACACCACAGCGUCAGCAAACAGCUCCAGAGAUGGACCAGCAGAAAUACAGCGCCCCAGUCCAGCCCAAGCCACAGCCUCACCCUGCUUCCGCUCCACCCUUCACUGCUCCUGUGGCCCACACUUCCCCACAGAUGCCCAAUUUGCACAUCGCAGGGCCCAUCAAUCCUUCUCCUGAACAGAUUUGCAAGCUGCGCAGUGAGCUGGACAUCGUACGUGGGAACACUAAGGUGAUGUCAGAGAUGUUGACAGAGAUGGUUCCUGGUCAAGAGGAUCCUUCCGAUCAUGAGCUUUUGCAGGAGCUGAACAGGACGUGCAGAGCUAUGCAGCAGAGGAUAGUUGAGCUCAUCUCACGCGUUUCCAAUGAGGAAGUCACAGAGGAGCUCCUGCAUGUCAACGAUGACCUCAACAACAUCUUCCUGCGAUAUGAGAGAUAUGAGAGGUUCCGUUCCGGCCGAACUGCCCAAGGCGUAAACAAUGGGGUUUUGAAUGAGGCUACAGAAGACAACCUGAUUGACCUGGGACCAGGAUCACCAGCGGUGGUCAGUCCCAGAAUCAGUGCAACUCCUCCAUCCAGUCUGCCUCCAUCUGUGGCUCCAGUUCGCUCCGCCUCUCCAGUCACACUCUCGUCUAGAUUGGCUGGUUUGGACGUUGGUUCGGACAGUGUGAGCGGCACCUUGAGCUCUUUGGCCACCUGUCAACCCCAAGAUGACUUUGACAUGUUUGCCCAAACUAGGACUGGCACCGUUCCUGAGUGGAAAAGCGCUCCAUUCGAAGACACAAAGGCUUCAAGUGGAGUGGCCCCAACUUUAGAUGUCAGACAACAAAACGCUACUGCAGCUCUAGACCAGUCCUCUGUCAUGGAUGACAUUGAGGAGUGGCUCAGUACUGAUGUGAAAGGAGAUGAAGGUGAGGAGGGUGUGACAAGUGAAGAGUUCGACAAGUUUCUAGAGGAGAGAGCCAAAGCAGCAGAGAUGGUGCCCACGCUGCCGACCCCCCCGACCGAUGAGCUUUCUGCUGCUGCCGGCUCCUCUGCCAAUGCAAGUAAAAAAACAGGCAGAUCCGAGGACACCCUCUUUGCCUUGUAGAUAAGUGUCAGAUCCUGUGCAGAUCCGUCAGCAUCUCCUCUUUCUCUCCUGCUUCCUGCUUCUCCAGCACAAUCAACACUAUCACAGCUGAGGCCAUCAGAACUGAUUCACGAUGUAGACAUUUUCAUAACGGACAUUUUCAUACUACACCAAGUUUUCAUUCCAUUGAGGAAAAAAAAAAUGCUGUUGAAGAUGAUGCACCCAUAACUCCCUCUAAAAGCGUACCCUGACAUGCGGGUUUCGGGAGGUUGAUGUCUAUUUUUUUAAAUUGAUAUUUGUGGUAUAAAGCAAGGAGAUUCAUGUUUACUGUCAGAUCCGGCCAUGACUAACUUUGUGUUCACUGUGGUCCCGCAUGCAGCAGCUGAAUAAUCCUGUUUCUCUUUCCUCAACAAUAAUCUGUAAAGGGAGCUUUUUUAUUUUAUUUACCAGAUUGCUUUAAAGGGAUGCUUAUACAUAGGAGUAUUUAUUAUAAAAAUUCCAGUUAAUACCUCUAAUAAGAUAAACCAGAUGGAAGAGAUAAUGGUAGCAGCUGACAGAUGUGAGAAUUUUGUGUCAUAUAACCUGAAAAUUAUAAUCUGUUCUCGAAUGAGUCUUGACUAUAAGGAAAUGUUUAAGCGUAGACAUAAUUUAUUCAAAUUAAUAACUGAAUAUUUAAAAGAUGCACCUAUAUCGCAUCAUAAGACAGAUCAGAGGGAAAAAUAUAUUAUAUUUACUUCACUGGAUCGUUUUAAAUCUCAUUGUUUUAUUAGGCAAAACCAUUGCCUAUUAGAAUGGAUUAAUAGGAGCAAAAAAGUAUGUUUUUCAAUUGAAUUUGCACUGAAAGAUCUGUUGGCCGUUCGGCUGUGUUAAAAGAGCUUUUGUUCAAAGCCCAAAUUUAAGCUGUCGUUCAUUUCAAUGCUGUCUAUUAUGAGGCCGAAAUCAAAUGGAGUUUCUGGUGAAGUGAUGGUGACUGCGAGGCAGUUUAAAUUGGAUUUUGCGCUCCACAACUGCAGCAGAAACGUUGUUGAGCUUAGCGUUUGUUAUUAGGGAAUGAAAUGGAUCUGCCUUAAAGAAUUGGUUGUGGGUAGUUUAAGGUUUAGUCCACUAAUGCUCAUUUGACGUUUGGUACUCUCAUGUUUGCACACCAGGAAUUUGAUUUCGUGAGGUGAAUGUGCUGAUGUAAUAUCUUUAGUUGGAGUGCUGUGUCUCGCUGUUGUGUACAUACUGUUUUGACGGACCAAAUGUUUAACUUUAGCAAAAUAAUUUAAGUGUAGAGUCAACUAACUUGAGACAUAUAUUGCUUUUAACGUCCAGAGGAGUUUUAGUUGUGUUUGUAUUUGUGUAUGGCUUUUAUUUGUUCGUUUAGGUGAGCACAAAUCAAAGGGACAGUGCACUUUUGGCUGGAUAAUCGUUUUUUAUGAUUUGUCACACUACACAAAAUAUGUAUUACAAACCCAGAUCAUUUAAAGGGAAAGUUCAUCCAAGACUGAACAUUAUCAUCAUUUCUGUCACAAACAUGUUUGAGAAAAAGAUGAUAUUCUGAAGAAGGCUGAAAACUCGCAACGUUUCAAAUCUUUAAGACUUUGGAAACAAAACAAAUCUAGAGAUUUCUAAUCCCUUGUUAAAAGUGUCUUCACCCAAUACUUCAAAGCUUUGAAACGAUUCUAAGAUGUAGAUGUGAAGAGGAAAAAGUUUCUUAUUAAUUUGGAACCACAUGCGGGUCAUUUUUUGGUUGAAUUAAGCAUUUAGACCAGUUCAUUAAAGGAAUAGCUGAUCGAAAAUCAAAAGUACCCAAUAAUUUGCUCACCCACAAGCUAUCUUUGGUGUUUUUCUUCUAUCAGACACACACAUUUGGAGUACUUUUCAAUUUUAUCUUGGCUUUCCAUGCUGUAUAAUGGUGUUGGAAACUGUAUUGGCCAUUUUUGGAGCUUUUUAAAAGCACAUACAUCAGUUGUAAAACUGAUAUACAAAUGGUGUCAAACUCAAUUUCUGGAGGACCGCAGCUCUGCAUAGUUUAGCUCCAACCCCCUUUAACACACAUCUGCUUAAUAGUCCAUAGUAGUCUUAGUAGUAGCCCUCCAGGAAUUGUUUGAGACCUAUGCCAUACACCAUCACGGAGUUCACACAUGUCUUAUGAAUCAUAAUAAUGCAUUUUGGUAACAAAAACUGCUUUUCCACUGUCAUCACGAAUAGUUCUGUUUGUUUUACCAUUCCAUUCUUUGUCAAUCUGGUCGAGUCAGAACAGAAGUAGGUUUAUUUUUUGCACGGUCCUGCUUAAAACUGAAUUCUUUGGAAUGUUACACAAGUGCAUCAGCUGUUGUCUUGCUAAAAUAAGUGUAAAGUAAAUGGCAACAUGGACAAUUUUUGAGACACUUUUUUUUUCCUGAUAUUUACUACAUUAAAUAAGUAUGAAUAAAUCCGCCUGGAUUAUUGGGGAUAUCAUACGCAAACACAGCAUAAAUGUCUAAUCAAGACUAAAAUCCCUGGUCAAUAGUGGUUUGUGAGCAUGCCAUGCUUUUCUAAGCUCAUGUGGAAACAUUGUACCUGCCUGUUCUUAGAGCGAUUGGGCAUGAUAGUAAAAAAGCACAUCAAUUUUUUAAAUUAGGAAUUCAUUUAAUUAGUCGUCUGAUUAUCCAUUGGUCUUGCAAGAGCCAUUUUCCAUACAGUUUAUCACAGAAGAUGAACAUAAACAAAAAAAUUAGUUGGCAUGGCAUUGCAGUAUAGAGUAUUACUCAAACGCUGCAUUCCCACGAAUCAUGUCUAUCCUAGAAGCUUCUGCUACAGUUUCAUCUUGACUCAUACGUCAAGUCAAAAGUCAAUCAAUUUAUCGACAACAUUCUUUCGACAGCCACCGCAAUUCAGUGAUUGGACUUUAUGAACCUGAAGUUUAUGUUAUAACAAUGCAUCGAUCUGCUUCCUAAAUCAUGCACAAAUCCCCUGGUUGUAUUUGAGAUUAUGCAUAUGUGCUUUAAGAAGCUUCAAAAUUGCCACUAUACACAUUAUAAUAUCAUUAUACAACAUGGAAGAAAAACGGAAAACUACUCUGACUGUGUUCAUCUUAAAAAAAUAAAAAAUAAAGUCAUAUGCACCAAGGAUGGCUUGAGAGUAUGCAAAUUAAGGGAUCAUUUUCAUUUUGGGUUGAACUAUCUCUUUAAAGGCAACAGCGCAUGGAUCUACCUAUAGCUGAAGUUGUUUAUUCAUAGUCUUUUAUUGGGUAGCAAUGAUAUUUACUUUAUUAUAUUUUGAGUAUAUUGGCUAUUUUGCUGAAAUUCAAAGUUAGCUUGAGCAGGGAUGCAAUGCAGCUUGAUAAUAUGAGGAAUAUCACUAAAAUGUGCUAUUUAUUUCUUUUCAUAACAGAAGACAUGAGGGACAGGGCUGGUAAUCACAAUGAACUCAUUUCUUUUAUGAUAUCUGUAUCUUCCAGUUCGUUAUUAAUAUUAACACUAAAUUUAAUGUAAAAACGACCGAUUUUUACCUCCCAUGGAUGUCAAGCAUCCUGUUUAAAUGCUGUUGGGAUUGGUUUUGACACUAUUGCUGAAGUGGUUCAUCUUGACAGAUAAAAACACAUAACUUCAUUUAAACCAAUUUCUCAGCAGCGGUUUCAUCUGUCGAUGCCGCGUUGCAAUUUGAAACGGUUUUGGCUGUAAAUGACUCUCAUAAAUGUACAGUUUGAGAAUGUUAAUCAAGUUUAUUCAGAGUCUUUUAUUUCUGAAGUCAGUAUUGGUUACUGUAUAUGAGUGUGAAGGGACUGUAAAGGAGCGAAUGGUAGCUUUUGAAGUUUGAUCUUUAUUUUCAGUUCAGCUGGAGUAAAGAUAUUCCAAUCAGAUGAAAAAUGAACCCCGGUAUACGGUCAGGUUAUGCCAAUGUCUUCAGUAGAGGAACCCUUUUGUACCGUUGAGAGCAUUUCUUAAUAGGGACGGCACUUUUCUUCUUUUUGAUAUGUAUUUGGAGUUGUGUGUGCGUGCGUGUGUGUGUGUCUAUGUAAACAACAGCUCCUGAUAUCCUGACGUCUGCUGCAAACACCAUGUUCAUCCUGUUUACACCAAGAGACGGGAACGAGAGAAUCUAGCUUUACAAAAUGACACCUCUCUGAAUUGGAAGUGGCAAUGUAGUGUGUGUGCUUGCGUGUGUGUGUGCUUGCGUGUGUCUGUGUAUGUGUGUGUGUUUGUGUAUGUAUGUAUGUAUGUAUGUGUGUGUGUGUGUGUGUGUGUGCGUGUGUGUGUGUGUGUGCGCGCAUGCGUGCAUAUGUUUGUGAGUUUGAGUUCAUGUGAGCGUGCACGUGCCUGUGUUUGUCCAUCUGCGUGUGAGCGUGCAUGUUUAUGUGUGUUUUCGCUUGCUUGUUUGAGUAUGUGCUUGCAUGUGUGUGUGUGUUAGGAAGUGAGUGUGUUUGUGUGUGCAUAUAUGUGCAUAUGUAUAUAUGUGUUUGAGUGUUUUUCUUUGUGAGUGUGCGUGCCUGUGUGCAUGUUUGUGUGUGUUUGACCAUAUUUGUCUUUGAGUGUGUGUGCCUGUGUGUGUACAUCCCUGCUUGUGUGUGCAUUUGUGUAUACACAAUUGUGUGUUUGAGCAUUUUUGUGUUUGAAUUUGAGUGUGUAUUUGUGCAUGCAUGCUUGUGUGUUUGGGUAAAUAUGUGUGUGCGUUUGUGAGUGUAUGUAGUAUAUGCAUUUGUGCGUGUGUGUGUUUGAGCAUAUUUGUCUUUGAGUUUGAGUGUGUGUGCAUUUGUGCGUGCAUGCUUGUGUGUUUGAGUGUAUAUGUUUGUGCGUGUAUGUGUAUAUAUGCAUUUGUGCGUGUGUGUUUGAGCAUAUUUGUGUUGGAAUUUGAGUGUGUGUCUGUCUGCGCAUUUGUGCGUGCAUGCUUGUGUGUUUAAGCAUGAGCUUGAGUGUGAAUUUGUGUGCAUGUGUAUGUAUGUAUGUGUAUUGUAUUGUAUGUGUGUGUGUGUACAUGCGUGUUUGAGCAUAUUUGUGUUUGAGUGAGUGUGUGUGCCUGUGUGCAUGUUUGCAUGCAUGCGUUUGUAUGUGUUUGGGCAUGUUUGAGUGUGAGUGUGUCCAUCCUUGUUUGUGUGUGCAUUUGUGUGCAUGUGUUUGAGUGUGAGUGUGUAUCCUUGUGUGCGUGUUUUUGCAUUCAUGUUUGUGUGUGCAUUUGUGUGUUUGCGUUUGUGUGUGUUUGAGCAUGUUUGUGUUUGAAUUGGAGUGUGUGUGCCCGUCUGCACAUUUGUGUGUGUUUGAUUAUGUGUGUAUUAUGAGUGUGUAUUUAGGUAUGUAUUUGUGUGUGCAUGUUUGUGUGUGUUUGAGCAUAUUUGUUUGAGUGUGCUUGCGUGUUUGUGUGUAUGUGUACGUGGUCAUGUUUGAGUGUGUUUGAACAUUUUUGUGUUUGUAUUUGAGUGUGAGUGUGCCUGUGUUUUUCAGUACAUAUGUGUAUGAAUGUGUUUGCGUAAGCGCGUUUCUGCAUGCGUGCGUGCGUGCGUGUGUGUGAAGAGCUGGAAUAAGCUGUACUCUCUCUCUCCCCCCAGCGAUCAUUAGUGUGGUCAGUCUUGGUUUUUCAGAUGGACUGGUGUCGGUCUGUGUGCUUACCUGUUGUUAUACCUCAAGCUGCUCUCUGUACUGUUUGAUUAAUGCAUGUGUUGAACUCCAAUAAAACAUACCAAGAUGGUGA